AUGGCUGUCGUGGGCUUUGCCUAUGCGCCGCUCACCAAGGUGGUGAUGGCAGGCCUGUGCCUGACGUCGCUGCUGGUGUCGCUGCUCUCGCUCAAGCUGUAUAUACCCUUUCGUCUCCAUCCUCAUAUCCUCGUCUACCACCAGUACUGGCAGGCGUGGGCCUACCAUGUUGCGUUCACAAAUAGCUCGGAGCUGUUUCUUGGGAUCAUGAUCCUGUACUAUGGCGCGCGGCAUGUAGAGCGCGCAUGUGGAUCCCGCAAGUAUGGUAUGUUGCUGCUAUGCAUGGCCCUCAUGCACUCCCUCUUCUCCGUCGCAUGGGGAUGGGUAGCGAUACGCCUCGCGCCCCUGGGACCCUCCUUUUGGUAUGAGGCAUUUCACACGGGCUACCUGCCGGCCGGGCCGUUUGGUGUGCUAGGCGCACUAGUAUGCCUGUACUACCGCAUCACGCCGCCGCUAUGGACCAUCAGUGUCUAUGGCACCGAACUCACGGACCGCAUCUUGGUCAGUGUGCCCCUGGGUCUCCUCGCCCUAUCUCAGCCUCCCUAUUCCUGCAUAUCUGUCGUCCUGGGCAUGCUCGCAUCCCACUUGUACAGCCUCGAUGCCGCAUUCCAGGUCCCUGCGCGCUUCGCCUCCCUCCUACAGCGCGCAUCGGCUCCGUGGAUCGGCUCGCAACCCGUACCGAUGCGAGGAUCAGAGGCGCAGUACCACCGCAUCUAG